CAAACAACUGGCAGCGAGUUUCAGGAUUUCGCUGGUGACUUCGCACAGCGCCUGCUCCAGCUCCGCAGCCCGGAGCCCAAGUACGGCAACGCCUCCGCCCGCCCGCGCUCCGCCCGCGCUCCGCCCGCCGCCGCCGCCGCCGCCGCGAUGCUUGCUCGCGCCCUGCUGCUCUGCGCCGCUCUGGCGCUCUGCGGUGCAGCGAAUCCUUGCUGUUCCAACCCAUGUCAAAACCAAGGUGUGUGUAUGAGCAUAGGAUUUGACCAGUACAUGUGUGACUGCUCUCGAACAGGAUUCUAUGGUGAAAACUGUUCAACACCUGAAUUUCUGACAAGAGUAAAAUUAUUCCUGAAACCCACUCCGAAUACAGUGCACUACAUACUUACCCACUUCAAGGGAGUCUGGAACAUUGUCAAUAACAUUCCCUUCCUGCGAAAUGUAAUUAUGAGAUACGUGUUGACAUCCAGGUCACAUUUGAUUGAGAGUCCACCAACUUACAAUGUGGACUAUGGCUAUAAAAGCUGGGAAGCCUUUUCUAAUCUCUCCUACUAUACCAGAGCUCUUCCCCCUGUGGCGGAUGACUGUCCAACACCCAUGGGUGUGAAAGGCAAGAAAGAGCUUCCUGAUUCUAAAGAGAUUGUGGAAAAAUUUCUUCUAAGAAGAAAGUUCAUUCCUGAUCCCCAGGGCACAAAUAUGAUGUUUGCAUUCUUUGCCCAGCACUUCACCCAUCAAUUUUUCAAGACAGAUCAUAAGCGAGGGCCAGGUUUCACCAAAGGACUGGGCCAUGGGGUGGACUUAAACCAUGUUUAUGGGGAAACUUUGGAUAGACAACAUAAACUGCGCCUCUUCAAGGACGGAAAAAUGAAAUAUCAGGUAAUCAAUGGAGAGGUGUAUCCUCCCACAGUCAAAGAUACUCAGGUGGAGAUGAUCUACCCACCCCAUGUUCCUGAACACCUGCGGUUUGCUGUGGGCCAGGAAGUCUUCGGACUGGUGCCUGGUCUGAUGAUGUAUGCCACGAUCUGGCUGCGGGAGCAUAACAGAGUGUGUGAUGUGCUCAAACAGGAGCAUCCAGAGUGGGAUGAUGAGCGUCUGUUCCAGACGAGCAGGCUCAUAUUGAUAGGAGAAACCAUUAAGAUUGUGAUUGAAGACUAUGUGCAGCACUUGAGUGGCUAUCACUUCAAGCUGAAGUUUGACCCAGAGCUGCUUUUCAACCAACAAUUCCAGUACCAAAACCGCAUUGCUGCUGAGUUUAACACGCUCUACCACUGGCACCCCCUUCUGCCCGACACCUUGCAAAUAGAUGACCAGGAGUACAAUUUCCAACAGUUUGUCUACAACAACUCGAUACUGCUGGAACAUGGGCUUACCCAGUUUGUGGAAUCCUUCAGCAGGCAAAUUGCUGGCAGGGUUGCUGGUGGUAGGAAUGUUCCAGCUGCAGUACAACAAGUAGCAAAGGCCUCAAUUGACCAGAGCAGACAGAUGAAGUACCAGUCUCUGAAUGAGUACCGCAAACGCUUUCGGCUGAAGCCCUACGCGUCUUUCGAAGAACUUACAGGAGAGAAGGAAAUGGCUGCGGGGUUAGAGGCCCUUUAUGGAGAUAUUGAUGCCAUGGAGCUGUAUCCAGCCCUCCUGGUAGAAAAGCCUCGUCCAGAUGCCAUCUUUGGUGAGACCAUGGUAGAAAUGGGAGCACCAUUCUCCUUGAAAGGACUCAUGGGUAAUCCCAUCUGUUCGCCUGACUACUGGAAGCCCAGUACUUUCGGUGGAGAAGUAGGCUUUAAAAUCAUCAACACUGCCUCCAUUCAGUCUCUCAUCUGCAAUAACGUGAAGGGCUGUCCUUUUACUACAUUCAAUGUUCAAGACCCCCAGCUCACCAAAACAGUCACCAUUAAUGCAAGCUCUUCACACUCCGGACUAGAUGACAUCAAUCCCACAGUCCUGCUAAAAGAACGGUCCACCGAACUGUAGAAGCCUGUUAAUCAUAUUUAUUUAUUUAUAUGGACGAUUUCUUUUAACUUAAUUAUUUAAUAUUUAUGUUAAACUCCUUAUGUUACUUAACAUCUUCUGUUAAGGAGAAAGGGGUCAUACUUGUGAAAUUUUCAUGUCACUACUUUAAAGAUGUCUUCAGGUUAAAGGAGAAAAUAGUUGUCAUUGUUUUGUGAGUUUGACAUCCUUUUACUUGAAUUUCAGUUUAUAUUAUUUAUAAUAAGAUCAAAAGCAAAGGUGUUUGGACAUUUAAACUCUGUUCCAAGAUGGCAAAAUGCUGCAAAUGUUUUUCCGCACUGUCGGGAUUUCUAGUGUAUCUUCCAGGAAGCAUUAGAAGCAAUUACCUGCACACUGUUUCUUUUCUUCUGUUAGCCACUGUGCUGGUAGAAACUCUCUUCUGAUGAGUUUACUUUUUUGUUUUCUUGGUUUUAAAGAUCUGAGUACAUCUGUCUUUGUUUGGACUCUGUACUUUCUUACCUGAACUUGCAGAAGUUUUCAGAAAACCUCAACUCAGGACUACUAAUUUAGCUCCUCUUAAGAGGAAUGAAAAAAAAAAACAAACAAAAAAACACAAAGCCCUUAAAGGCCUCUACACAGAGGCAUUUUACAUGAACGGCAGAGAACUUUAUCAUUUCAAACUCUGUGUAGCAGAAGAAGCCUACAAUGAGACUAAUGCCUGACAAAGAACUGUAGGGGUUUGUUGAUAGAAGAAAGUUGUAUUUCUGUUCUAAUGAAUGUCCUUUCCUAUUUAAAAGCAAAACCAAACAAAUCCUGAAUAGUUUCUGGGAAGAUAAUGUUUCUUUUCCACGUCUCAUUGUCAGCUGACAUUUGCUGGUACUGUAUACUACUUAAUUUAUUGAGUAUUAUUAUUUAUGUUUUGUUAGGACAUUAUUAUAAACUAGGUUUAAGCUGCAAUCAUUGAUUUUUUUUUCUUUUGCAUUGUGUGAGAAUCAUUGAGAUUAACUCUGAAUUAAUAUGUAAACUAUAAGAUAAAUUAUGUAAACUAUAAGAUAAAUUAUUAAGAUUUUUGAAUAAGUUUUCAGGAACCCAACUCUGGUAUACUGAAAUACGGAAAGUUGGAAUUGAUAUAUAGAUUUAUCUAUAUACCAGCCCACAGAGACCACUGUGUCUCAUUAGUCUGGAUAUACUAUAAGACUGACCUCUUACACAUUUUUGAAGGACCUAUGGAUCCUUCAUUAAUUCAUUCAGCUAUAACUUAUUGAGGGGACAUGUGCAGGGCACUAUGGGUUUUAAUAUUUUUUUGGUUUUAAUAUUUUUAAAUCAAGCACUGAUUACAGAUAACAUCAGUAUUUGUAAAUAAGUGAAAACAGGUCUUUUAGGUAGAAGAAGAAAAUGAAAUUUCAUUAAAGGAAAUAACUCAGGGGAAUUUUUAAGAUUUUAUGUUUAAAAAGUUUAUAGUUAAAGAAAUAGUCAAUAUUAGAAUGGCUUAUAUAAAAACUUUUGACUUCACUGAUUAAAAAAAAAAACUUACAUUAACAUCAUCCUGCUGACUGAAACUGGGAAUUCGGAAUAUAAUAUGAAUGGUUUGGUGCCUCAGACAAAUGUGUAUUUAAAUUAACGUAUGUAAGUGUCGAAACAAAUGCCUGUUUAUUUUUAUACUAUUUAAGAAUGGAAAAAAUCUCUUAUAAAAUAAAUUUUGACUGUUUCCAUA